AAUAACACUUGAUUCGUUUUCUUCACGUUCUGGAGAGUGUGCAACUUUCUCAGGAUAUUCUGUUCUGUAGAUGGGAUGGAAUCUGAAUUACCUUUCCGUGCAGAAUAUGCAAUAACUGGAAGAUCUUCUUGUAAGAAAUGCAAACAAAAGAUUGAAAAGAAUUCCUUACGAAUUGCAGUAAUGGUGCAGUCACAGACUUUUGAUGGAUAUUUAGCUUUGUGGUAUCACUGGGAAUGCUUUUUUAUGGUAAAAAAACGACUACACAGUAUUUCACAAAUUGCUAAUUUUGAUAAUCUUCGCUUGGAAGACCAAGAAAAAAUUAAAAAUCAAAUAGCCAAAUUUCUUAGCAAUGACGUUUCAAAUAAUGGAGUUGCAAGUUCAGCUAACUUGUAUUUUUCUGUCGAAUAUGCCACAUCAAGCAUAUCAGUAUGUAGAAUAUGUGAACAAAAGAUUUCAAAGGGCGAAAUAUGCAUUUUAAAGCUAGACAACGAUUCUGCCAAACAGCAUGAUGGACAUUCUCUAGCAUUUCAUCACGUUGAUUGCUUCGUUCAGAAGAAAGAGGAGUUGGGAUUUUUUGAUUCUACUGAGAAAUUGAUAGGAUACAGUGAUUUAAAGAAAGCUGAUCAAGAAAUGCUGGAAAAUAUAUUUGUUUGCCAAUUAACACAAAAAUUUACAAAUAAAGGAAAAGUUUUCAAGACGAAGGAAGAGAAGCCUAAUGAUAAACAAACUAAAAUUUUAGAAGAACAAAAUAGACUAUUUUUUGACAUGAGGGAUAAAAUCCAACAAAGACUGACAAAGAAAUGGAUGCAAUCUCUUUUGGAACAUAACAGGCAAUAUAUACCUACAGAAGAGAACAAGUUGCUGGAUCAUUUAGCUGAUUGCUUGGCGUUUGGAGCUCUUGAGAUUUGCCCAGAUUGCAAGACUGAAUCCCUUAGUUUCAUGAAAAAUAAAUAUAUUUGUAGUGGAUAUUUAAACGAAUGGACGAAAUGCCAGUUUGAAACUGAAUUCCCUGAACGCAAGGAAUUUGAGAUACCUCAUUACCUUCAACAUCUGCUUAUCGAUUACAAAUCUGUUGUGAAGAAAAGAUUGUUAGCAACAACUGGUGAUAACCUUCCCAUCAAACAUUUAUCUUUAGAUAAAGUGAAAAUUGUUUUACUUGGAAAUCUUGCAUCUCCAGAAAGCGAAGUACGAAAGCCGCUUCAAGAAUUAGGAGCUAAAGUUCAAAAAACACUUAGUGACAAAGUGAAUUUGUGUGUAAUUUCACCAAGAGAACUAGAAUCAAAUAUAUCUAAAAUUAGCAAAGCUCAAGCUUUAAAUAUAAAUGUCGUUUCGGAGGAUUUCAUAAAAGAUUUAAAAGAAGGAUCUUCUUUUGUGCAAGCUGUUCAGAAGAAUUUGCUAUCUUCUGGGAAUGAUAGACCUGCUAAAAAAUUUGGAUCGAAUCUAGAUCAAGGAAAACAGAAAUCAGAAGAUUUGCCUAAAAAAGCGACGGUUACUGUUAAAGGAGCUGCAGCAGUUGAUAUAGAAAGUGGACUUCAGCAGACUUGUCAAGUGUAUCAGAAGGAAGGAGAAGUCUACAGUACAGUGCUUGCGUAUGUUGAUGCCUCAGAAGGCAAAAAUUCUUUUUAUAAACUUCAGAUUUUGCAAUCGUAUUCUGGAUCAAGUUAUUACCUUUUUAGACAAUGGGGAAGAGUAGGCACUGAAAUUGGUGGGAAAAAAGUCGAAAGCUUUUAUGAUGAUGUUGAAAGGGCAAUCCAUGCAUUUAAAAAGUUAUUCUAUGAACAGACGGGAAACCGUUGGUGGAACCGAAAGAAUUUUCAAAAGUAUCCUGGCCGCAAGUAUCCAUUAGAACUUGAUUUCGGGCAGGAUAGCCCAGAGGUGCAGCAGAAGCUGAAGCCAGGAGAAAACUCGAGAUUAUCAAAACCAGUAAAAGAACUGGUUUGUUUAAUUUUUGAUGAAGAUGUAUUGAUGAAUACUAUGAUCGAGUUUGAGAUUGAUCUGAAGAAAAUGCCACUUGGCAAGAUUUCUGAAAAACAAAUCGCUAUGGCGUAUGGAAUUCUCGGAGAAGCCCAACAGAUUCUGGCAAGAGGUGGGAGCAAAUCCAAAAUAACUGAAGUCUCGAAUCGAUUCUUCACCUUAAUUCCUCAUAACUUUGGAUUGAAGAAGCCGCCUUUAUUGGACAACGAAUCUAUAAUAAACAACAAAAUUGAAAUGUUGGACUCCCUCUUACAAAUCGAGAUAGCCUACAGCAUUAUUAAGGGAGACGGGGAGGAUGAAGACCCUAUUGAUGUCCAUUAUAGAAAUCUGAAAGCGGAUAUCGAAAUUGUAGAAAAGGACACAGAUGAGUACUUGCUAAUCGAAAUAUACCUUAAGAACACUCAUGCGCCAACCCAUAGCCAAUACGGUUUAGAUAUUAUAGAGGCAUUCAGAAUAAACCGACACGGCGAGAGUGAAAAGUACAACAAAUUCAAGAACCUGCAUAACAAGAAACUUCUUUGGCAUGGCUCCAGGCUGACUAAUUUUGUGGGAAUUUUGUCUCAGGGCCUGCGUAUAGCUCCACCAGAAGCCCCAAGUACUGGUUACAUGUUUGGAAAAGGCGUCUAUUUUGCUGAUAUGGUGUCUAAAAGCGCCAAUUAUUGCAGAACAAGGGACUCCAUUGGUUUAUUGCUUCUAUGUGAAGUGGCUUUAGGAAAUAUGUACCAAAAAACUAGCAGCGAGUACAUUGAGAAGUUACCUGAAGGAAAACAUAGUACCUUAGGUAUGGGUACUACAAUACCAGAUCCGAUGGAAAAAUUUUAUAUUGGUGAUGUCGAAGUACCUUAUGGAACACCAGUGCGGAGAACAGAUAUUUCAAAUAGUCAACUCCAAUAUAACGAAUACAUCGUUUAUGAUACCAAUCAAAUCAAUAUCAAGUAUCUGUUGAAAGUUAAUUUCAGUUCGACUCGAUAUUAAUCGAGAAAAAGACAACAAAUUCUAGAAGAAAAAAAAGAGAAGAAACAGCAUUAAUAAGGAUCUGAACAUGCCUGGGAACCAUGUUUAUAAAAAUGAUGUUGGCAAUCUAUAUACGAUAUUUGAUAAAUGUUUGCAAAGAUAAAUGCAAAAUGUAAUUGAAAGCUAUUUAUGUAUCCAGUGCUUUUAUCACAUGGAUUUAAUAACAACAAAAAUUGUCUAAUAUGAAGAAGAUGAGAAGCUUAAUAAAAAAAUGUUUUAUCCAAAAUUAUGUAUUAAGAACACCUAAAUCUAAAAACAGAUGCAAUAAAAGACAGAAGUUCUUAAGCUUUGUUUUUAUAUGGCAGUUUUAAUCCACAACAAAUAAAUAAACCUGAAGCAUUUUUGAUGGAUAAUAAAUAUACUUUUAUAAAAUAUAAUAAAAUGUAUACAUUUAAAAUUAUAAUUAAAAACUUAUAAAUUUAAAAUAUUAAUAAUCUUAUUAAUAAAUGCAAUUAUAAUAAAACUUCAAAAUAAAGAGUA